UAUAGAAGCAGUGUCGCUUUAGAAAAUAACAUGUUAUAAGUUACACUAAGUUUAUGAUUUGUUUAGCUGAGAAAAAAUGAAUAACACUGAAAAAGACGACUUGGUCACUGUGCUUGGGCAUUUUAAUUGGGAAAAGAUAACAGGUGCAGUUUUUCUAUCGCCGAUGAUUUUGCUUGGAGUUUUAGGGAACAUUCUGACUCUCCUGGUUUUUGGAACAAGGCAGCAACGGCAAACCUCCAUUGCAAUUUACCUCUCAGCAUUGGCCGCUUCAGACAUAAUUGUGUUGAUACUUCCGGCGAUGGAGUUUUGGCUCUAUCAUGUUCUUCAUAUAUACAUCCGACGAAGUUCCGAUUUUAUGUGUAGGUUGUUUUCCUACGCGACCUCUGUGCUACCUUGUGUUUCGGCCUGGAUAUUGGUUGCCGUUUCAACAGAACGCAUGAUGGGAGUAUGUGCACCGCUCAAAAUGAAGGUGUUUUCAAAACCAAAACAUGCCUUUAUUAUCGUCGCGGCUAUAACUGCAGCAGUAUCAGCAAUAUUCAUUCCGUUGUUACCUGCUACUUUCCUUGUGCAGAACGCGGGUUUGUCCAUGUGUGUCAUAGAUGAAUCGAUAUUAACUGUUAAAGUCCUUACCGCUCUGGAGAUAACAUUUUUAUUUGCACUUCCGUUUUUAAUAAUGAUUAUAAAUAACAGCAUAAUUCUUCUGCAAGUGGCUGGCUGUUCUAGGUGGAACUGUGGAAAGUCCAAAAACAACAAUACAAGUGGAAACUCGCCCCAACAACGAAAAGUGAUGAAAACAAUAACACGCCGAGUUAUUAUCCUUUGUGCUGUAUACAUGAUGUGUAACGCUCCGUUAAUGGUGCUCAAUGUGAUUUGGACAGCAAUGGUUGAUGAUUGGGUGCCUUCAGACAAGCGCCUGAUCAAUGAUCUGAACUUCAUUUUUCAUAUUCUAUUGUAUCUGAACAAUAGUGUCAACUUUUUCUUGUAUUGCUUGAUAGGUUCUUCGUUUCGAAACGACUGCAUGAAAAUGAAGUUGAUUUUCAUACGAAAAUUACGUGCACUGUGUCAUAUCGGUAAAUAUCACUAAUUCUAAUUUGUUGUGGAUUUUUUGCAACGUAUAAAUGUUAUAUUAUAUGAGGCAAAUGUGUACUGAGUCAUUAUUACAUUGUUAUUUCAUACAUCGAUUUUGUAAGCAAUGGUUAGUAGCAUGAUUGAUUGUCUACACGAUUGCCUUCGUUAUCGACUCUGACAUUCAAAGGAUGUGUAUGUGUAUAGUUUUAUAUUGCAAAUGUGGUCGUUGUAAAAGGUUUUGGAGCUUAUAGGAAUUAACCUUACGUAAUACAUCUAGGCCAAGAGAUGACAGAUGUCAAUUUAUUUAUUAUCUUGUAUAACAGUAUAAUUAUGUUCUGCUCUCGCAUUCACUUUAUUGUUGCAAUAUUUAUGCGAAAAACUACAGAAACAAGCUCAGUAGUAGAAAGUUUAAACAUAAACCCGGUUUAAUGGCACUGGGAAAACGCCAAAGACAUAUAACCAAACCCAGAUUCAUUACUUAUAAUGAGUUUUGUAGCUUGUUUUAUUAACAACAUUGUCAUACUAAAAGGUUUGUCUUAUGAAUGACUUCAACAUAAUUCCUACUGACGUUUAAUUUCUUAGUUAUUUAAUUUUACAACGAUUGUGAAACAAGCUAUUACAACUUAUAUUUAUCACUCUCGUUGGCACGAUGUUGCGCGUGAGUGUGGUCUUGUGUUGUUGGGGAAACCGGAAUACCCGUAGAAAACCCACUUGUCCGCCUUGGUGACCACUAACCAAACUGACAUGAGCCCAGGCCGGGAAUCGAACCUAGGUCGCCUUUGUGAGAAGCGAAGUCUUUGUUAGACAGUUUGGCUAUUGAGUGCCUCUUCAAACAAUAUUUAUUAGUUUAGCAUUCAGUGUAUGUAUGAAUGAAGGAAAAAGAAGAAGAAAACAGACAAAUGUAGUCUGUUUUUGAAAACAUGGAAUUGUAUCGAAUUUCUUGGCGCUCAAAAACCAAUCUGUUUCAAAACAAAGUCAUCUUCCACUUUGUCUGCGUUUGACGAAAUCAAUGCUUCGCACUACCUAAGCCGGUUUGUUAAGAAAUUGGUCCAAACAAAACAUGAAAAGAAUGUGAAUUUCCUGUGGAAAUGAAUCUUCAUUUAUUGCCAGAGCAUGCGACCCCAUUUUC